AUGAGCUGGGCGUCGAGGCGGCAGACUACCCGGCCCGAGGACAUUGCCUACUGUCUGAUGGGCAUCUUCAACGUCAACAUGUCCAUGCUAUACGGGGAGGGCGGCACCAAGGCCUUUAUCCGCCUGCAGGAGGGGAUUCUGCGCGAGUCGGACGACCAGACCAUCCUAGCCUGGAGGAACGCCGAUCCCGAAGUAUCG